GAUAUUAAGCCCCUCAAUUUCCUUUUAUUUGCAGAAUACACCAAUUAAUUGAUUCUUCUCGUUUUGGCUCUGAUUCUUAUAUCUCUGCGAUUAUUAUUAUUCACUCUCUUCUCUUCUCUCCGCCGAAGUAGUCACAGCUCCGGCCACCAGGCAAAGAAGAGAGAAAACGACCUGUCUCCGAUAAUGGCUCCUAGCUCUAGGUCUCCUUCACCACGUACGAAGAGAUUGAGAAGAGCUCAAGGCGAGAAGGACGUUGGGAGAAGUAGAGAGAGAGAAGAUGAUGGUAGAGGAAGGGAGAAGAGAAACAGUAGGGAAAGGGAUGGAGAUAUAGGAAGAGAUAGGGACAGGGAGAGAAAAAGAGAUAGGGAAGUUGGGGAUAAGAGAAGACGAUCAGGGAGAGAGGAUACUGAAGAAAGUGGAAGGGCAGGAAGAGAUGAUGAGAGAUACUCUAGAGGAAGACAUGAGAGGUCUACUUCACCGUCAGAUAGGAGUCGCAGGAGUAGUAGGCGUUCACCUGAAAGAGCUAUUGCCUCAAGGCAUGAUGAGGGGUCUAAUGCAAGAGGGGGCGGCGAGGAGCCAAAUGUCGAGGAAGAUUCAGUCGCAAGAAUGAGAGCAGUUGAAGAGGCUCUGGCAGCAAAGAAAAAGGAAGAACCAUCAUUUGAGCUAUCAGGGAAACUUGCUGAAGAAACUAACAGAUACAGAGGUAUCACACUCCUGUUCAAUGAGCCCCCGGAGGCUAGAAAACCCAGCGAAAGAUGGAGACUGUAUGUUUUUAAGGAUGGCGAACCACUGAAUGAGCCACUCUGCCUCCAUCGCCAAAGUUGCUAUCUCUUUGGACGUGAAAGAAGGAUUGCAGACAUUCCUACGGAUCACCCAUCUUGCAGCAAGCAGCAUGCAGUCAUUCAGUACCGGGAAAUGGAAAAGGAGAAACCGGAUGGUAUGAUGGGGAAGCAAGUGAAGCCUUACAUAAUGGAUCUUGGUAGUACCAACAAAACUUAUAUCAAUGAAAGUCCCAUUGAGCCGCAACGAUAUUAUGAGCUUUUUGAGAAAGACACCAUAAAGUUUGGCAACAGCAGCCGAGAGUACGUACUGUUGCACGAGAAUUCUGCUGAGUGAAUGAAAUCAGAGUCAAGCAGCAACGAGUAUAUCUCAAGAUUUAGAUAGUUGCGUUUCUCGGGGAUUUUAGAGAUGCUUUGUGCCUGCUUUCUACUGUGCUGGUGACAAUCUCAGACAUUAUGUUAAUAGCAUUUAGAAAGCUUUUUUGCUUACUUGUUUUAUAACACCUGAUGAUGAAAGAUUGGUAAGAGAUAAAAAGUUAACUUUUGG